GUAUGAAUAUUUCUAGAUAUUUCAUUACAAAAUAAAAAUGAGUUUUAGCAGCGAGAGCGAGCCUCUGUUAUCACAAGAUGAAGUGAACUCGGAGGAGAAACGUGGCCUGUGCCUCCUCAGGCCUUAUCGACUACAAGAUGAGAUGGCUGUCAAGGAGCUGAUUUCUGAAGCCACAAUGGAGACAGUUGGGGAGUUUUUCUGGGCAGCCAUACUUUCUGAAAUAUUUCCCCAGAUUUCGUUUAUUGCGCUGGCUGUUGGUUUUGUUGGCUUCAGUUUGCCAUUCUAUUAUUGUUUAGCUCUCAUUCCUGCGGCUGUGGCUCUGAUUUACGUAUUUAUCUGGUCAGCACACUUAUUCAAGACGUUGGAACUACACAGCGACCUUAGCAACAUCGCCAACGUUUACCAAAAGGAGCCUGACACCGGCUUCUGGGUGGCAGAGGUCUACGACAACACUCUCAGCUCAGAGCUUUCUGCUCACUUCAACAUUACCAAGAAGGUUCUGUACGAUUUCAUCACUGAGGAAGACUUGGACCGCAAAGGAAUAAACUUGGCGGAAUACAAGCAUCGCAACGUCGUCGGCUGCGUCGGCCUCACCCACAGCAACAACACGCAACUUGGAAAUGCGAGAAAAGCUUGGCUGCGGAGGUUCGCUGUCAAAAAGGAGUACCGACGCCGCGGCAUCGCCAGUAACCUGCUUGAGUUUGUCAUCGCAGUGACGCGACGUCACAACUACAAGAACCUCGAGCUCAUCACCACGCACUGCCAUCACCAGGCUCGAGAAAUGUACAUGAAGGCUGGCUUCUCGGUUAUGAUGAACACCCGUCACUACCUGAACGUGCCGCAGCCCACCUACCACUUCUCUCUGCCCAUCAAGCCUUCCGACACAACCAUCAAGAAAAAUGAGUGAGGCAGGAUUCAUUGCCUUCUGCAAUAGUAAACAAUCGGCGGUUUUCAUCAACUCUUUGUCUACUGUCGGUAAUUUUCGUUAACAGGCCUGUGGGUACGAAUAGCUUUGACGAAGGCUAGUGUAUCCAGGGACAGAGCGCCAAAUGAGAGAUUUAAUUGUCGGAAAUAAAUUGCUUUAUGGGCAACACGCACAGAAUUCGCUCAACAUAGAAAAAAAACCUCAUUGUAGUGAGUUAUCUUACUGAAGUCGAACUGCCAAUAAAAGAAUUGUCAAUAAGACAGAUUGAUUAUUAUGUCCAAUUGAUUAAUCUGUCGAAUAAUUACGACAUAAAGGCGGAAGAUCUUCUGAAUCCUCUAAUUAUAGACAUUUUCAAAAAAUGUUAUUCACUUUUCAAUGAAUUAUUCAAUCUUUUAAGGCAUUCAUUUCAAUUUGUUAGGUGCCUAUUUCUCCACUUCUUGUCAUGUUUGUUGGUUUUAGGAAAACUUCACUGAAAAAUUUCGACGCAUUUUUCAUGAUAUGAUAUUAUUAUCCCGGAACCGUGGCGCCGGAUGCUGGAUUUCUAUAACUAUUUUUGACCUAGUAUUUUGGCUUCCCUUACUGAAAAUGUCCGCUGAUAUCUUAUGAUCUCUUUUCAUUAUUACAACUUCUGCAUGCCCAAGAAGAGAACUUUUUAAUAAUGAAUUUGCUUCUAUUGAUCUUACGUAGAAGGUGAAGGAAUCGUGGAAGUUUCAUUUUUAAAUUAGUUGUUAUUUUUCGGCACGAAGAGUCUCUUAAGUUAUCCACGAGCUUUAAAAAAUUAACGAUGCUUCAAACCGAAGCAAAAUUAGAUAAGACUGUAAAACAUGUCACUUUUAUCAAAAUUGAUCGAAAAAUGUUGAUUUUGCUAAAAUUUAUGUUCUUGUCCAUCAACAAAUUAAUCCGAGUUACAUCCUGACCAAAUCAAUCUUGGGCGUUCUUCAAUAAACGUCCAUACGCAUGAUCACUACCAAUGUCGUACAGGAUGACCCACAUAUUUCGAUUUUUUCCCGUUCUUUCUGUGCGUCUCAUUCUUCAUAAAAAAGGUCCUUCAUCUGUUAAGUAAUACAUUAACAUUCAUGUAUAAAUAAAUCUUGGUAUUCGACUUGUGUGUUGUUGCGAAAAGUAUGAAUACUGCAAAAAAAUGGAAAUUUGUCAUUCCAGGUUAAUAUUAAGGUCCUUGCACGUUCCACUGAUGUGCUUUGCUAGUAUUAGUUGCAUUUUACGCGAGUUUCCCUCGUAAAGUUUUAAUUGAAGUUUUAUUUAUAAUAUUUCACACCUAGUAAGGCGUGAUUUGAUGCAGCAGUUUUUAGGGAUGUUAGUAUUUUUCAUUCACGGCGUUCGAUUCAAAUUCGUCGAGUAAGUGUGCUAAAUAUUUGAAAAUUAAUUGCCUUACUUACCUUAAUGUUUAUUACUUGAUUUUAGGAGGCACAAUUAGUAAUAGAAUCUAGUGACAUCCACAUUGGUAGCUCGAUGUAGGGUAAGUCACAUUACCGGCUGUGUCUGUCAUCGAUAUAAGUGGAGUAUUUUUAUAUGCCAUUAUUUUGUAACGAGUUCAUCCAUCAAAGGAUUUAUGAAUAUUGGGUAGGUUCAUGUCUAUUUUCAACAGUCUGAAUCUCUUAUGCUCAUAAUUAUGAUUGAAUAUUCAUUGUGCCUCGGUUUUAUAAUAGCUGAAGCGCUAGUAAACAUUUGGCCACUAAACUAAACUAACUUAAAUCUAUUAUUCAACCGUUUGAAUCUCUGAUGCCCCCACUCAUGAUUAUAAGAUAUCCUUGUGCCUUAUUACAUUUAGUGUGUGUAACACUCUAGAACUUCGUAAUUUUCGUCAGUAUCCAGAGAGGUUCUAACAACUCGUAGAUUAGUUCUAACAACUCGUAGAUUAUCUCAUUGUUUCGGUAACUCGCGCUUAUUUUAAAAUCUUCCACCAUUAAUUUAAUAUCAGUUUUCUCACUGUAUCGGUAAAGUUGGUUCAAGAGAUGUUCAUCCUGGCUGCUAUCGAAAAUAUGGGGUUUGGGACGAUGUAUAAUUAAACCUUUUUGAAAUAU